CACUGCGCAGGAGGUUCUCCCGUCAUCUGGGCGACCGUGGAACCUCGCAACCCGCUUAGCAACAGGCGCCAGGGCAACGUUGUGGCGGGGGGUGCGGGAAGGAUACCCGGAUAUACAGCGAGACGGAGCAGCGGCUAUGGCUGAAUGGUGUUUGCCUCUCUGUUGGCAUAUUUGCUGAAGUCUGCUCUUCACAGAAUUCUGAGAGGGAUGUUUAGUCUGAUGGCUAACUGCUGCACGUGGCUAAAACGUUGGCGAGAACCUGUAAGGAAGGUGACUCUCGUAAUGGUAGGAUUGGAUAAUGCUGGGAAAACUGCAACUGUAAAAGGAAUUCAAGGAGAGUCUCUAGAAGAUAUAGCUCCCACAGUGGGUUUUUCAAGAAUUGAUCUAAAACUGGACAAGUUUGAAGUCACCAUCUUUGAUUUGGGAGGAGGGAAAAGAAUCCGCGAUAUCUGGAAGAACUAUUAUGCUGAAUCCUUUGGUGUUAUUUUUGUUGUGGACUCCAGUGAUGUUGAUCGAAUAGAAGAAGCCAAAGAUAUUGUGGCAGGGGUCAUUAGGCAUCCUAGGAUAUCAGGGAAACCUGUGCUCGUGUUGGCAAACAAACAAGAUUGUGAUGGAGCAUUAGCGGAGGCUGAUAUCAUAGAGUACCUUUCAUUGGAGAAGUUGGUCAAUGAAAAUAAAUGUCUGUGUCAAAUUGAGCCAUGUUCUGCAGCUUUGGGGUAUGGAAAAAAAUUGGACAAAGCCAUCAGGAAAGGCCUUAGUUGGCUUUUGAAUACCAUAGCAAAAGAUUACGAAGACCUACAAGAACGGGUACAAAAAGACACAAUGGAGCAGAAGGUACAGGAAGAGAAAGAAAAACGAGAACGGGCAGAGAGAGUACGUAGAAUAAGAGAGGAAAGAGAACAAAAAGAAAAGGAAGUCGCUGAGCAAGAGGGGCACCCCCUAAAUCAGGAAGAGGAUGAUGAAUCUGACCUAAAAAUAAACCCUUUUCAACCUAUAUCUAAGGUCAUUUCUGUGAAUGAAGAGAAAAUCAGAAAACAGAAAGAAAAAAACAAAACACAAUCUAAUGGAGAGAUUCUACUAAACGCCUCAGAAAAGACAAAAUUGUCUAAGAUGCAAAUAGAAUCCAGCAACAUCAAUCAAAACAUUGAGAAAGUGAAGCCAGCUGCCCAUGUAUUAACUGAGCAACAAGAGGAAAUUGAGCACAACUGGAAAAUGCCAGACUCUGAGCCAGGGAAGAGAAAAGUCAAAAAGAUUCCUAUAAAGAGAAAGAACAAGGUAGAACCAUAUGGUACAGAUGAUGACUCUGAAAAUUCCAGUCCACCGCCACCACCUGUCGGCUGGGGUACUCCCAAAGUUACCAGACUUCCAAAACUUGAACCUCUUGGUGAAACCCAACAUAAUGAUUUUUACAGUAAGCCACUGCCACCAGUACAAGUGAGCCAGAAACCAAAUGCUGAUACCCAUGAAGUCAUCUCCUAGCAGAAAGAUCUAAAGAACUUAUCAAGAAGGAAAUGAAUCUAUUGUCACCUUUCAGAACAAAACAGCUUUCCAUUCUGCUUUCGAGGACACUAUUGAAACUUCAUCGGCAUGUUUGCAAUGGAAAUAAAUGGCUGAAAUGGACAGAUUUUAGCUUUGAGGAACAUGUUGGACAGAUAUAUUAGACAUACGGUAUAUUUUGUAAACAUAGGGGAAGGAAGAAGCAGUGAGACAAUACACUAUAGAAGUAUUUUUUCUGCUGUUUCAGCCAGUAGAAUUUUGUAUCAGUUGAAAAUUUCAUGAAGAUGCACUGAAACCUGACAGAAAAAAACAUAACUUUUUUAAUAUAAGAUUUGGUAUUUGUAUAGUACAGAACAUUUUUAUGCCAUUUGUGCUUAAUGUCUUUUGAGCAAUAUUUCUAGAAAAUACAGCAUAGUCAUGUGACUAAUUAUGUUUAGAACUGCAGAUAUUUUGGGUUUUGCUUCAAAGUUCAAGAAAUAACUUCUAUUUAAGCGGUUUUGAAACUCAGUUGGAUUGGAUGUCUGCAAACACUAAUGUAGCGAGGAUGUGUUAUAUGUUUCAUGGAGCAAAAUGUUAUUUUUUUAAAAUCACAUGUAAUAUUGGCAAGCAAUAAUCCCUUCACCUUCCUCAUAUACAGUUGAGUUGACUCUGGGUGUGAUCUUAUAACUGCUUACACAAGUAUCCCAGUUUUUAAAUUGCAGAAACACUUGUCAUUAAAAGGCUCACAUAUUCCACGAUCAUAGAAAACAAAUCAGGGUUUUGUAGAUACAGUCAAAUGAGACAUUAUUUUAGAAGUAGCUUGUAUUUUCCAUCCUGAGAUGUAGAUCGAUCUGUUCUUGUAGAGAGCAGCUGUAUAAUGUAGCAUACGUCAGUGGUCAUAAAAGUUGUCUGUAAAAUUUAGAUUUUUUUAUCUUAAUUAAACGACCCAUCUUGUAUCUGUAAUGUUUAUUCCUUUUCUUAAAAUGUUCGAGUUUAUUUGUUUAUAAUAGUUAUUAAUUGUAUUUAUCAGACUAGUUUGUGACAGUUUUUAAAGCACUUUCAAGUAUCUUUCAAAAAAAAAAUCUUGCAUUUUAUAAAAGUAUUACGUGCUGUUAAAAGGAUACAGUGAAUCACUUGGUAAGACCAUAAGAAGUAGGAGAAGGCCAUAUGCCCCCUCAAGCCUGUUCCACCAUUCAGCAAGAUUAUGGCUGCUCUUUGACUACAACUCCAUUUUCCCCACUUGAUCCUCAUAUUCCUCGAUUCCCUUAAGGCACAAAAGUCUGUUAAUCUCAGCCUUGAAUAUGCUCAACAACUGAGCAUCCAACAGCCCUCUAUAUACAGCAUUUGAAAGAUUCACAACACUUGAGAGAAGUUACUCCCCAUCUCAAUCCUUAUCCUGCAACAGGGCCCCUAAUCCUUGAUUCUUAGCCAAGGAAAAUAUAAUUGAAAAUUCUGUGAAUGCAAGCCCUCAGAAUCUUCUAUGUUUCAAUGAAAUCGCCUCUCAUUAUUGUAAACUUCAGAGAAUAUAAGCUUAUUCAAUCUCCUUAGAGCACAAAUAAUCCUCUUAUUCCCAGAAUCAAUCUGAUAAACUUUCAUUGCACUACCUCUAAGGCAAGCAUAUCAUUCCUGGAUAAGGAGACCAAAACCGUACACAGUACUCCAGUUGUGGUAUUGCCAAAGUCCUGUACAAUUGCAGCAUGACUCCUUGACUUGGGUACUGCAAUCCCCUUGCAAUAAAAGCUAACAUACUAUUUGCCUUCCUAAGUGUUUGCUGUACUUCUUUGUUAUCUGUGUUUCUAAAAUAAAAACAGAAAAUGCUGGAAAUAUUCAGCAAGUCUAAGAGCAUCUAUGGAGAAAGAAACAGAGUUAAUGUUUCAAAUAGAUGAUCUUGUGUUAGAACCAUAUAAAACUAGCUAACAGCACAGAUGAGUGAUUGAAGCUGCCGCCCUAUUGCACAAGAUACCACUAAUAAUGGUGAAUUCAUUUUUGGUAAGAACAUUAUAAACUAUCAGAUUUGUAACAUUAAAUAUUUGUCAAAAUAUUUAUUUAUAUUUCUGAUUAUAAAUUUCUUUUUUUUCUUCUUCCAAACACUAAGUACACAAAUUUUACCACAGUCAAUUGUUACUAUUUGUUUUGUUUCAGGAUAAACAAGGUGUUAAAUAAUGUACUCUACAUUUUUUUAAAAACCCACCUUAUUGGUUUGCCUGAAAAUUUCUUGUAAAAAAAAAAGCAAGGCUAUUCUCUUGUGUUUGAAACAUCAAUAACAAGUAUUACAAAUUUAAUAUUUUGAUUUACAUUGUGCUUACAUUUAAGCCCAAGUUUACUUAAUUACGUUUCUUUUUGAAAGUAGUUAUGUCUAUUAUUUUGAACAUUUUUGUAGUAAUAUCUAUUUGUAACCCAGUAAUCAUUUUUUUUAAAUGUACUGAUUUGUAAAACAUAUUUAUCAGUUUAUUUAAAGUCAGUACUAUGUGGCAGAGUUGAAAUGUUGCUGUAAAAUGUCUUAGUCAAAAGCUAAUAUCUGAUUAAAAUCAGUUGUAUUAUACUUUGGGGCUUCAUUUAAUAACUGAAGAUUUUAUGAUCUUUUAAAAUAAAAAGGAUACCUUUUAAAA